AUGCUUCUUAAUUCUAUUUUCCACAUCACUCUCGCUAGUCUGAUCUUUUCGAGAGAUGACUCCUGUACCAUGACCAACAAAACCAUUGCCGCUCAUCUUUUGAAAUACCGGUUUGACCAAGAUGCCGUCGUUAAAUUGCUUCGUGGGCCAAAAGCUUUACAGGAUAAGAUGCUUGCCUCUCUGUGCUCCUUGAUCCGGGAGGAAUGCAGGCGAAGCACUACCUUUGCUACGGCAUUUAAAGGCCACGUGGUUAUGCCAUGCCGGAAGCCCGCGUUGUUUGACAUAAUUGGCAUCAGCAAGGAGUACAAGCUGUACAUUCCAGUGCGCAAGACUAUACUCGCGUUAGCAAUCUGUCGAGGACCUCUUGGUAACAGAUCUCAAUUGGAGCUACGCUUGUGCCAUCAUAGCUCCAGCUCCCUGGAUCCGGAAGAAAGCGGUGUCGAAUGCGUUAACGACGGGAAGCAUCAGAGCCACCAGUUCCCACGUCCGGAAUGA